CAGAUGAUUUCACUCCGACGAUCAACGAAAAUAAGUCAGAAGUCUUAAAGUCUAAAGGAUAAAAGGCAGCUAGAUGCCAAGUAAAAAGAAGGGAUUUACCUAGACAAUCACAACCAUCUUACCAAGCCUCCUUUAACAAAACUUCUAUUGCCAACUGUAUCUCAAGAAUGGCCUCAUUUCUCGGCACCGCCUGGUUCAUCGCCCAGGUCGCCACCGUCUCGGGCUUGACUUUCAACGUCCCAUCAUCGCCGCCGUCCAACUCAAGCGCCCAGCUUGCCGAUGCCCCGGUGGGCGUUUCAUUCGAGUUCUUCGCAUUCCCGGGCUACUGGAAUGAUGUACCUAGCACCUCAACUUGUUUGCAGAACUUGAAAGAUCUUUCGGGAACUUGGCCGCCGAUCAGGAUCGGAGGAACUACACAGGACCGGUCUACUUACAACGCAUCCUCUAGCCAAGAAGUAACUUAUACAGUGGCCAACUCUGGAGAUGCGCCAAGUUCACUAACAUUCGGGCCGUCCUUAAUGUCCUUGGCGGGCACAUACGAUGGGAAAGUAACCAUAGGCUUUAAUCGUCGACUCAACAACCUUGCAAAUACUGUCGCUGCAGCAGCCAAGGCGCAGGAUGAAAUUGACAGCCUGCAUGCCAUUGAGCUUGGCAACGAACCCAACUUUUUCAGCAGCAGUGACCCUAUCGCCCAGGGCUCUGCCUGGACAGCUUCAGCUGACUACGCCAGCCAGGUAUCCUGGCAAGACGCCGUGUGUGGAAAUCUUUCCACAUCUAACCUCAUCUCGGCCGGUGUAUUUUUCGGGACUAGCCCGAUGAGCAUCGCUGGUCUGACUGCAGCCGAGGGUCAAGCCAACAGCUAUGUUAGACAGUACUGCUCUCACAAUUACCCCCAGUCCAGGAGCACAGCCAACCUAGCCAAUUUGAUGAGCCACAGCGCCAUUGCAUCCCAGAUCAAGCCUUUCGCGAAAGAAGUCGCAGCUGCGGCGGCUCAGAACAAGCCUCAUGUGUUUGGAGAAACAAACUCUGCUACUCAGGGCGGUGGCGGAAUCAGCCCAACUUACGGUGCUGGACUCUGGCUCCUCGACUAUGUCAUGCAAGCCCUGAUCAUGGGAACAGAGACUUUGUACUUCCACCAUGGCACCAUCGGAAAUUGCCAGUACUGCUGGUGGGGAAAGUACUCAAUGGGUUCUCCCUAUUUCGGAGCCUACUUCGCCACAAUGGCUCUCGCUGGCGCCGACAAGAUCGCCCCCUUGGAUGAUCAGACAACCGGAUACGCAGCAUAUGCCAUCUACAAAGAUAACAAGCCCGUCAGAGUUCUUCUGUAUAACUCUGACUACUACACCAGUGGUUCUCGUCCUUCUCAAACUUUUACCCUAGUCGGGCUUUCUGGUUCUACUGUUUCAGCCAAGAGGCUCACUGCCGCCGCUUCCACGUCCAGAGUCGAUGCCGGGCAAAGCCCGACCGUUGCUGGGCAGACCUUUGAGAAUGGAUCAUGCAAAAUUCAAGGUCAGAGCACGGUUGAAUCGGCUGUUGUCUCGGCUGGAAAGGCGACAUUUACUCUUCAGGCUUCGGAAGCUCUACUGGAUUGGAGGAUAACGCUAGGAAAUCUGGUCGCUGUCUUGUGCGAUAUGAUCAUCAAUCAGCUCCAAUCCAAUUGGAUCUGGGUUCCUGACUGGGUCGAUUCCUCCAAACAAAACACGGCCGCACGUCUUGUCACAUUCAGCCGCAAGUUUACUCUCCCAUCUCAACCAAUUCGAGCGCUUCUCCAUUUCUCGGCCGAUACGCGAUACAAGCUCAUCAUCAAUGGUACUCGAGUAACUGUUGGGCCAGCGAGAGGUAGUCCUCUGAUAUGGUAUUAUGACUCGCUCGACAUCGCUCCUCACCUCAAACAGGGCGAUAAUGAGAUCUACUUCGUAGUGAUCCGCUACUUUGCGGCUUCUCGGGGUGGAAUGCCUUUCGAAAGAACCUCUUUUCCAGGGCUGACUGUUAUUGGUGGUGUUGAGUUGGAUGGGGAAUUCAUUAGUCUUGACUCUCGUGGAGGCUGGUUGGCUGAAGAGGACAACUCGAUCCUAUUUCCAAUGGGAAGACCGGACGAUGUCUUCCUUCAUAUUAACGAACACAUCGUCCCCAGUUGUGCCAAAGAGAAAGUCACACCAGUGCCAUACAACAUCAAGACACUUAACGGGGAGCUUCCACCAUGGCGUCUACAAUCUCGCGUGAUCCCCACUCCAGAGCAAACCUCUGUUAGUGUCAGCACCGUUAGAAAGAACACCGGAAGCUUGAACUCUGAUGACUGGAUUGCGUAUCUGUCGGGACAGCGUCCUCUUACUCUGGCAGCCGGGUCUUCACACAUGCUCGAGGUCCAGGCGGACGUGCACUCAACCGCAUUCCUCCGCUGGACGUUCCAGGCGACUCAAAAGAGCCAGAUUCGAUUCAGGGUGACCUACAGUGAGGGCUACGAACAUGAACCGCGCUCUUAUCCAUUUUUCAGGUCGAAAUCUGACCGGCUGGAUGCGACCAAUGGCCACAUCAUAGGCCCUUACGAUGACAUAACGCUGGACCUGCCAGCGUCGCAGACCGUCGUGUACGAACCAUUUUGGUUUAGGACAUUUCGCGUUAUGCGAUGGGAAAUCACAGUUGGAGCCGAGUCCGUUGAGUUGUCCUCUUUUGAUGCCACCCAGGUCAACUACCCCCUUGCAGUCAAGGCAAGCUGGGACGGGCCAGGAGAUAAGGACGGUAAGCAAAUAUGGGAUGUCUCCGUCAGGACUAUGAGAAAUUGCAUGUUUGACGGGUACUCGGACUGCCCUUUCUAUGAACAACUUCAGUACUCUGGCGAUUCUCGUUCCGUCGGCCUGUUUCACUAUCUUCUUUCUGGUGACGACAGAUUGAUGAGGCAGACAAUCACCAACUUUGCCGCAUCCGUGACCCCCGAGGGCUUAACACAGUCUCGCUUCCCCUCGCAUGUGCCGCAAAUCAUUGCCGGCUUCUCCCUGUACUGGGUCCUCCAGAUCUGCGACCACCACCUCUACUUCGGUGAUACAGCAUAUACACGAUCCGGGUUUCCAGACGAUGUCUGGCAGUAUGUCGACUGGGUGACUUCUUGGGGCGCAACCGAGACGCACCCGGACAAGGGAGUCCCAACGUCCGGUCGGGAAUCAAAUCGGCAUACCUACUUCAGUAUGCUUUACGCCUAUGUCCUGAAGCAGGCUGCCCGCCUGGUCCGAGAUGUCGGUCGACCUGGCUACGCCGACGAGUACGAAUCCCGCGCGGCAUCUGUAGUCAAGGCGGUCCGCACUCACUGCUUCGAUGGGACAUUUUUCACGGAUUCGACGGCUGACAUCGCGCGUCAGGGGGCUUACUCCCAGCAUUGCCAAGUGUUCGCCGUCCUCUGUGGCGCCGCAACCGCCGAAGAACGACCACGCCUCCUUAAGGAGUCAUUCUCUAAUCCAGACUUUUCCAAAUGUUCCUAUGUCAUGAUGUUCUAUGCUUUGAGGGCGUUUGCUCUCGCUGGCGACGAAGUCUAUGAGUCAGCAUGGGGACAGGUUUGGGGCCCUUGGCGAAAAAUGCUGGCGAAUAACCUCACGACCUGGGAAGAAGAUGACGUGAGGCAGCGCUCAGAUUGCCAUGCCUGGGGAAGUGUUCCUAUCUUCGAGUACUGUACAGAGCUGGCUGGUCUACACGUCAUAGCUCCAGGGUCAAGCAAGAUCUUAUUUUCGCCGAGAUUGAACUUGAGUCAGGAGUUGAAGGCAAAGGUGGCCCUUGGUUCAAGCAACACUGCCACCGUGUCGUGGAGUGUUCAGGACGAUGGACGGAAGAAGGUCGACUUACGGCUUGAAACGCCAGUUCGGGUUAUAAGCAAGUUACCUGGAGGAGACGAAAAGGACUGUGGUAUGAUUGACCAUCUUACCAUGAAUCUCUAG